UCUGAAGGCGGAAGUUUGGUUUUAAAACGAAAAGUGAAACAGCAUUGAAUUAUGGGAUGUCCCAAAAUACAACAAACAUUAAAAUUGACAGACGUUUAAUAAAACCCAGGCUCAUCGCUUUUAAUAUUUCUUCCGGUUAAACAGUGUAACGGUGCCGCUGUUAGAGUUAAAGGUGUUUUGUGUGUUUGCAGAAAUCAGCCAUCCGUCAUGAUCAAAAUCUUCAUUUUCGCUUUUCUGUACGCGCUGGCACACGGUGUACAGGUUGCAGAUGUGGUGUUGUCCUGCUCCUUCAUUGAGGAGGGGGGAGGAAUGACUGGAGCGCUUUUCAAACGUUCCCCUGCCACUAUGGUCCUAAGGGACCUUCCUAUGAACUCUGACCUCUCACCAGAAACCAUCACCCCCUAUGUCCCUCCUGACACCCCUAACGCUGAUGACCUUAUUUUUGAGGUCACAGCUUCAUCAGUGGAGAUUCCUGAUGCAGAGUUUCUUCUCCAUGCUGACUGUAAUGAACAGGAAGUCGUUUGUGAAUUGAGUCAUUACAUCCCUCGAGGAUCAAAACCGGAUUCUGUACCUACUUAUUUCAUCGCCUCAGUCCAGCUUGAAGGUGGCGGGGUCAGCUUCACUCUGGUGCUACAGACGAUGGCCGAUGAGAAUGCAGAAUCAAGUACUGCAUCACUAAUGCAGAGCAAACUUCAGCUUCCUCUCAGCCAGUGGGGAACUCUGAUCACAGAUGCUGUGUUUGUGGUGUUCUCUCGCUCACCUUCCAUUGCAGUCCCUAUAGGAGAAGACACUGUAUUAAAUUGUGGUUAUAGGCAAAGGGACACCCCUACAGAGCAGAAUGUGGGUCUUGAGUGGCGCUGGCAGUAUAAAGGACAUGGGAAGACCAUUCUGAAUAUGAAAGAGACUGACGCAGGAACAUUUGCAGUAGAAGUGAAUCGAGAUGGAGCGAGUGCAAACUCAACUCUGCUAAUUAGUGAUGGAAAUGCAUCACUGACCAUGGAUAAGUUAAAGGUCACAGAUGAGGGCACAUACAUCUGCACCAUUACCUCUGGACCCUUUCAGACCCAGCAAAUUGUUCAGCUAAACAUAUUACAACCUCCCAAAGUUUUUUUCUCAGAAAACAAAAUAAAAUUUCAAGAUGAGUCACCACAGAGACUGACUUGUCACUGUCAGCGUUACUACCCUCUAGAUGUAACGGUGGAGUGGUUUUCUCAGCUCUCUUCAGAGACUGAGAGCCUCUCCCUGACAGAGGGAGUCUCUCUUUCCAGCCAUCGGCAGCACAGUGAUGGGACGUUCUCUCUCUCAUCCUUCCUUAUCGUCCGCCCAUCUGAACACCCUCCUGGCACUGUGUUCACCUGCAGGGUCUCUCACGUUGCUCUGCAAACUCCCAGUGACAUUACCCUGACAGUAGUCACACCUGAGCCAGAUCAACUGGCAGGGGAAUAUUAUUGGAUGAUUCUGGUGACACUGGUUUUGUCAAUAAUGUUUUUAUAUCAAGCAUCAAGAUAGGUACUGAAGAGCUUAAUGGACGUCAUGGUGGCUCAGCAGGUAGAGCCUCAGAACUCCAGGACCUGAGGGUUCAUCCAGAGCUGAGGUUACACUCUGUGCAUUUGCACUUCCUCUUGUUUUUGUGUGGGUUUCCUCUAGUUUCCUCCAGUGUGUGUAUGUGUGUUUCCAAUGGACUGUAAAAUGGCUACUGAUGUAAAAUUGCAAAUGAGCUAUUUACUUUUGUAAUGAGUAUGUAUGGGUGUACAUGUAAAACUGAUUUAAGUUAAAAUGUGAACACUGUAAAUAUAUACAUUAAAGAUCAAAAGUUGGACCCUCA